UAGUGACAAAGUACAGCUCCAGGCCACACAUAAAAUCGCUACAGUCAUGUCAUGGAUCCAGUUCAAAAUAGGUACAUUAGACUACUGGACCCAGUCAGAAUAUACAGUAAAAUUGUGGACUAUUUUUGAAACUGGUACAAUAAGACCAUGGAGCCAAAGUGAAACAAACACAGUCAAGCCCUGGACCCAACCUAAAACUAGUACAAUCAGAGCAUUGACACAGGCUGAAUCUCAACAAGUUAGGUACUUGUCUUUGCCAGUACCUGAAACAGUGACACUAUUGUCACAAGCUGAAAUGGAAGCAGCAAAACACUUGACCAUGUCUGAUAUGAAUACUGUUGCACCAUGGUCCCUAACUCAGAAUGAUACAAUAAAGCAAAUGACUCAAAUUGAAUCUAAAAAUGUUCUUUCUUGGUUUCAGCCAGAAAGGACAAUAGCCCAUCCCUGGAUCCACCUUGAAACUAAUGUAGUCAGACCUGGAUACAAUUCUGAAGGCAAUGCUGUCCAAACAAGAAUCACUACUGAAACCAAUACAGUCAGAUUCUGGACCUCUUCUGAAAUAAAACUUUGGACCCAGUCUGAAUCUCAAGCAGUAAGUAUGUGGCCUGAAGAUAGCAGAGCCACACUUUGGUCUCUAACUCAGAAUGAUACAAUUACAUCUUGGUUCCAAUUAGAAUCUCAAAGGAUACUUUCUUGGGCCCAGUUUGAAGGUGGUAUAACCAACCCUUGGACUCAGCAGGAAACUGCUACAACUAAACUAUGGACCCAAUUUGGAACUUUAAAAAUUCUUUCCUGGACCCCACCUGAUACAAUAAUAUACUGGUUCCAUACUCAAAUAGAUUCAAUCACACCCAUGAGCCAGCCUCAAACUCAAAAAUUCCAAAGUUGGAUGCAGACUAUAACUCAAGUACGAAAAAUUUCACCUGUGACUGAAGUUGAUACAGUAAUACCUUGGUUACAGUUUCAAAGUAACACAGUUAGAUCCUGGAUUCAACUUUAUUCCCAAACAGUGAGUCUUGGGACCCAUACUGAAGUUGGUAUAAUUGGGCACUGGACUCAGAAAAGAAUUGCUACAGAUAACCUUGGGACCAACUCUGAAACUCAAGCAACCAGACCCUGGGACAAGCAGGAAGCUAACACAGUCAGAACUAGGUUCUACCUUCAAGGAAAAACUGUCAGACUGCAGACUUAUUCAGAAUUCGGUACGUUCAGUACUUUCAUCCGAUCUGAAAUUGGCACAAUUCAUCAUGAUUCUUUUAUGAUCCAGUCAAAAACCCAAGAAGUCAGACCCUGGACCCAGUCUGAAAUUGUUAUGACUAGAUACUGGGUUUUGUCUCAAGUAGUUAAACCACAGACAAUGCUAAAAGGAGGAGCAUUUACACCCUGGAUCCAGUCUGAAACUCAACCAGCCACACCAUGGACCAAGCCUCAAGUUAAUAUAACAUUCUUUUCUAUUCCUGUAUCUGAUAAAUUCAGAACCUGGAUCCAACCUAAAACAAAACUACUGCAUUACAAAGCUGACAUAAUUGUAUCACUGAUUUCUCCUGAGACUGGAACAACUGGAAAAACUCUGCUAAUUGAUCAUUUGGAUAACAAGUCUAAGCUUGUCACAUUUUUACCUGUUGAGACUAUUUCUACCGCACAUCAGUAUUUUAUAACUUUGUCAACAGAGAUAAGUACCAUAGAAAGAAAAAUUAAAAGCAGUUAUCUCCAGCCAAGCCAGCUCACAAGCAUUUUCCUUCUUACCCUGUCAAGCAAGUGGUUUCCUAGUAUAAUUGGUCACAAGAACUUUGGCAGCAUAUUAGAAAUUAUUGACACAAAAGGAAGCCUUGAUGUCCUUUCUGUCUCUCUUAGUUAUCUUUCCCCAGGCUUUUCCUUCCUUGUUUCUUGUUCUCUUACAUAUCCAUGUACAUUGUUCCCUUCCUGUUUAGUCUUUUCUUCUUGUCCUUAUCUUUCACACUGUGUUUUCCCAUCUUGCUUCAACUUUUCUUCUCUGGCCUUCUCUCCUGUGCUUUUGCCCUCAACCUCUUCUGAUAAUCAGCUCCAGGAACUGUCUUUCUCAAAGUUUAUUGAAGAUACUAUUUUUUCUCACACUUUCUCAUCCCUGCAUGCUCCUCCAGCAAUAAGUUUAACAAAAGAGUUUCCCCUGAUGCCUGGAUCUCUAUCUGGACCCAACUAUAAGCAUCAGUCUGGACAACAGCCUCUCAAUGUUUCCCUGGCUGAGUGUCGCCUAGAUAUGAUUUGGAAAGACAAUCUCCAGGCUCUCUGGCUCUUCAAGACAGCUGCUGUUUCUCACGAGACCACAGAGUGCGGAUUACGCCCUGGCCUUGUCUCCCGUUGUCCCAAUUGCUGGGAGGCAGAAACAGGUGAAUUUCCCUGGAUGGUUUCUAUGCAUCUCUCUUUCUCCCAUUUUUGUGCUGGCUCUAUUUUGAAUGAACAGUGGAUUCUUACCUCAGCAACAUGUGCCAAUUUCAUAAAAAGCUCAGAAGCUCUGGCCUUGGUCCAAGUGGGUCUUAUUGAUCUACAGGAUCCUACCCAAGCUCAGACUGUUGGUAUUGAUCGUGCCCUGCCCUACUUAGGACCCAAAGGACCUCUUGGACCUGGGCUAAUCUUUCUGAAGCAGCCACUACAUUUUCAACCCCUGGUUCUUCCUAUUUGUCUGGAGGAAAGUUUGGAGCAAGAGAAGAAUAUACAACUGUAUGACUGCUGGUUACCCAGCUGGUCCCUCAUGAGAGGAAGUCCUGGAAUUUUGCAAAAAAGGCACCUAAACAUCCUGCAAGCCAGCACUUGUGCCCAGUUUUGGCCCAAGCUGAAUGAAUUUACUUUCUGUGUGGAGGCCAAGAAAGCUAUGGGGGAGGCUGGCUGUAAGGGUGACUUGGGGGCACCUUUGGUGUGCCAUAUACAACAAAAGGAUACAUGGGUACAGGUGGGAAUCUUGAGUCACUUUGAUGAACAUUGCACAAAGCCCUAUGUCUUCAGCCAAGUGAGCCCUUUCAUUUUCUGGAUCCAGGGAGUUACACGGCUCAGCCAUGCACCAUGGUCCCAACAAGGACCCAUAACUACCUCUGCUUCCAUCUCCCUUUCAGUCUCUCCUGCUAGGAAUGCUUCAGUUUUAACCUCUACAACUGCUUCUAUUCGACCACACUUCAUUUCUCUGCCACAACCUCAGACUUCAGCAGACCGUAUUUCUCUGCGAUAUACUAUGCCUUGGCAGGUUAUGAUCAUCAGUUGUGGCAGUCAAAUCUGCAGUGGCUCCAUAAUUAGCAGCUCUUGGGUUCUCACUGCUGCCCAUUGUGUCAGGAACAUGAAUCCAGAAGACACUAUAGCGAUACUGGGCCUUAGGCAUCCUGGGGCACCUCUGAGAGUUGUUAAAGUAACUACGAUCCUACUUCACGAGAGAUUCUGGUUGGUGAGUGGAGCAGCAAGAAAUGAUCUGGCUUUGGUACUCCUUCAAGAGGGCCAAAAUUCCAUUCAGAUGUUAGCACCAUUGGGGCACUUGAAGAAUCUAAAUAGCUCAGAAUGUUGGCUUUCUGGGCCAAGAAUUCUUAAACCAGGUUAGUGAUUGUUUUGCUCAUUAGGAGAGUAGCUUUAAAAAAAUAAGGAUUAUACUU